GAGAGAGAGCGAGAGAUUCGCGUGCAUAAUCUUUUUGACUCCAACCGCUCUCCGUAGUAUCUUAGCCCGCUCGAGUUUCAAUACGCGUUGUUGUUUGACGAAGCCGAGUUCCAUACACCGUCCGCGGCUCUCCUGAUCAUGGCGUCUCCGAGUUCCUUCACCUACUAUUGUCCCCCAUCGUCCUCCCCUGUUUGGUCAGAGCCGCUGUACAGUUUGAGGCCCGAGCACGCGCGGGAGCGGUUGCAGGACGACUCGGUGGAAACAGUCACGUCCAUAGAACAGACAAAAGUUGAAGACAAGAUCCAGGAGGUCUUCAGCUCUUACAAGUUCAACCACCUGGUCCCAAGGCUUAUUUUGCAGAGGGAGAAGCACUUUCAUUAUCUGAAAAGAGGCCUUCGACAGCUGACAGAUGCCUAUGAGUGCCUGGAUGCCAGCCGCCCAUGGCUCUGCUAUUGGAUUCUGCACAGCUUGGAGCUGCUCGAUGAACCCAUCCCCCAGAUGGUAGCAACAGAUGUGUGUCAAUUCCUGGAGCUAUGUCAGAGCCCAGAAGGUGGCUUCGGAGGGGGGCCUGGCCAGUACCCACAUCUUGCUCCCACAUACGCUGCGGUCAACGCACUGUGCAUCAUUGGCACAGAGGAGGCCUAUGACGUCAUUAACAGAGAGAAGCUUCUUCAGUAUCUGUACUCACUGAAGCAACCUGAUGGCUCUUUUCUCAUGCAUGUUGGAGGUGAGGUGGAUGUAAGAAGUGCGUACUGUGCAGCCUCGGUAGCUUCUCUGACCAACAUCAUCACCCCAGACCUCUUUGAGGGCACUGCUGAGUGGAUCGCAAGGUGUCAGAAUUGGGAAGGUGGAAUUGGCGGGGUGCCCGGCAUGGAAGCCCAUGGUGGCUAUACUUUCUGUGGCCUGGCUGCAUUGGUCAUCCUCAAGAAGGAGCGCUCCUUAAACUUGAAGAGCUUAUUACAAUGGGUGACGAGCCGACAGAUGCGGUUUGAAGGAGGAUUUCAGGGUCGCUGCAACAAGCUGGUGGAUGGCUGCUACUCCUUCUGGCAGGCGGGGCUCCUGCCUCUGCUCCACCGCGCCCUGCAUGCUCAAGGGGACCCAGCCCUCAGCAUGAGCCACUGGAUGUUUCAUCAGCAGGCCCUUCAGGAGUACAUUCUCAUGUGCUGCCAGUGCCCGGCGGGGGGCCUUCUGGACAAACCUGGCAAGUCUCGGGACUUCUACCACACCUGCUACUGCCUCAGCGGCCUGUCCAUCGCCCAGCACUUCGGCAGCGGGGCCAUGCUGCACGACGUGGUCCUGGGGGUGCCCGAGAACACUCUGCAGCCCACGCACCCCGUGUACAAUAUCGGGCCAGAAAAGGUGAUCCAGGCCACCAUGUACUUUCUGCAGAAGCCCGUUCCAGGCUUUAAGGAGCAUGAAGAUGAGGCAUCCACAGAGUCUGCCUCCAACUAGAGGCCACAGGGUCCUGAAGCUCUGUGCUCCCCUCCUUCCCUCCAGACCAGGGUUUUCAGGUGUCCGAGUGAGUGCGUCUGUGCUGCAAAAACCUUGGCCCUCUGGAGGGGUGGUUCUUUGUCCUUUCCCGUCAAACAAAACCUAACGGAUGGCUCUGGGUUUGGAAAACACAAUGCCGGGGUUGUUAAAAAUUCUUCCCGUAUCUGUCAAACCAAAAAAUCUCUCAGCCAGCAACAGCCUGGUCAGGGUUGGUGGGGGAGCAGUGCAUGCUGGGAAGAACAGCCCCUCCCCACCUGCUCCCCACUCCGGCAGCCGUACUGAAGUGAGUAACAUCAUGCGCACCACCACAGCCAUCUGAGCCGUGACCGUGAGGCCCACUUGCACGCCGCCUUUAAGUCACCAGGAACGAGCCCCUCCUCCUGGGUGGAAUUAGAUCAGCUCUAUACGGAGAUGGCGCUUUGGGUCCCACCAUCAGGAAUUCUUAGAAAACUCCUUGCUGUGGGUCUUCGCCCGGAGGUACUUGAGGCUCUCACCUCCUCUCCGGGUCGUUGGAGAGGGAAAGGAACGGGGGUGGGGAGGGGUAGGGGGUAGGGUAGGAAUGUCUCUGUGCGGGUGUGGCCCGCUGGAGCACUGAGCAGCCCAUCUCCCCUACAGCGGGAGUGUGAUGAGACCCGAGAAAGCAAUUAUGACUGGAAAUGAACCUCUCAUUCAAUUCUGUGCCAGAGGAAGCCAGCCCAGGCUCCAGCCCUGCACCCCCAAUCCAUCAUGUACCAUGUUGUACCCUCUGUUACUCCCAAGCCUGCAGCCUGUGAUCAUUCUGUGUUGCCCCACCCUCCGCCAGUCUCCUGACCCGUCCUCCCCCAGACAGUGUUGUCUUCGCUCACCCAGAGUAUUAACACGACUAAGUCUUUCACCUUAAUCUCUGACUCAGGAUUUAUUCACAUCCUGCCUGUUCCGGGCUCACAGCAGUAAACCUGCACUUGGCCAGCCGGCUGUGGCUUGGUCAGCGUGGUCGUGGCAGAACCGAAUACCAUUCGGUGCUUCAGCUUCUGCUGCACACACGGAACCCUUUUUUGGCCAGUGGGCUGUCCAGAUGGGUCAUCUGCCCACUGCUACGGGCACAGCCAGCUCCACGCCACUGAUGGGCCUUUCCGUGAGCAGCUGUUGGCGGCGGGCAGACGGCAGCAGGAGGCACUUCUCAAAAACUGGCCAUGUGCUGCCUCUAAUUCCCUCUUGCUUUGGCGUAUCGGGCUAUGUAUUACCUCCUUGAGAUAAUAAAAGAGUAACAUUUUC